AAGAGCUACGUGCCCUACCGGGACAGCAAGAUGACGCGGAUCCUGCAGGACUCGCUGGGCGGGAACUGCCGCACGACCAUGUUCAUCUGCUGCUCGCCCUCCAGCUACAACGACGCUGAGACUAAGUCCACCCUCAUGUUCGGCCAACGGGCCAAGACCAUCAAGAACACGGCGUCGGUGAACCUGGAGCUGACGGCCGAGCAGUGGAAGAAGAAGUAUGAGAAGGAGAAGGAGAAGAACAAGACGCUGAAGGAGACGAUCGGGAAGCUGGAGGCUGAGCUGAGCCGCUGGAGGAACGGGGAGAACGUGCCGGAGACGGAGCAGCUGAGCGAGGAGGAGACGCCGGCGCCCGACACCUGUGACGAGACGCCCGUCAACGACAACGCCUCGUCCAUCGUCAUCCGCAUCUCCGAGGAGGAGCGGCGCAAGUACGAGGAGGAGAUCCGCAAACUGUACAAGCAGCUGGAUGACAAGGCCGACGAGAUCAACCAGCAGAGCCAGCUGAUGGAGAAGCUCUCGCAGCAGAUGCUGGAGCAGGAGGAGCUGCUGGUGUCGACGCGCGGGGACAACGAGAAGGUGCAGCGGGAGCUGGGCCGGCUGCAGGUGGAGAACGACUCGGCCAAGGAGGAGGUGCGCGAGGUGCUGCAGGCGCUGGAGGAACUGGCCCUCAACUACGACCAGAAGGCGCAGGAGGCGGAGGAGAAGGGGCAGCAGAACCAGCUGCUGGUGGACGAGCUGUCCCAGAAAGUG